CAUUAAGCAUAUAUUGUUUAUCAUCAUCGACAUCUCCGAACAAAGUGUACAUCACAACAUUUAAAAUGCAGAUCAAAGGUGCUGUGGGUCUCGUUACUGGUGCUGCUAGAGGCAUUGGUCUAGCGUUUUGUGUUGCCCUUUUAGAUAAUGGAGCUGCUACGGUGAGAAUGCUUGAUAUAUGCAAAGAAGAAGGCGAAAAAGCACAACAACAGCUGGAGAAGCAGUUUGGUCCAGGAAAAGCCAAGUUUACAGAAUGUGACGUGACAAACAAUGAAGACUUUGCCAAGGCUGUGAAGCAAACGGUGAUUGAACAUGGAAAACUUGAUAUUCUGUGCAACAACGCAGGAAUUAUCAACGAGAAAAACUGGGAGAAAUGUGUCAGCAUUAACUUGAAUUCUGUAAUUCACGGGACAUUCGUUGGCUUGGAGACUAUGAGCUCUGGUGUAAUAGUUAACACAGCUUCAAUGGGAGGACUUGCACCGAUGAGCCCAACCCCUGUGUAUUGUGCCACGAAACAUGGCGUUGUUGGAUUCACCAGGAGUAUAGCAACGGUCGCAAUGAAGACAAAAGGAUUACGUGUAAACUGCAUUUGUCCAGCUUUUGUCGACACCCCGCUUCUGGAAAAACAAAUGGAAGAGAUACCCGUAACUAAAGCAUUAGUCGCGCAUUUGGGAACCGUCAAAACCGAUUUGGUUGCUAAAGGUCUUAUAGAAUUAAUCACCGAUGACACCAAGAAUGGUGCAGUAAUGAGAGUGACUGCAAAGACGAACAUCGAUUAUCAAGAGUUUCAGAUCCAAGGCGUAUGAAUGGCUUAUAACACCCAAAGCCUCUCGGUCCAUGGCGCUGACUAUUAGGCUCAAAUCAAACGUCGAACUUCACAUGAGCCGAACCUAAUUGAAACAAUGGAUAACGCGGCGGCCUCCUUUGAUGCUAUUAGGUUCGGCUCAUGUAAAGUUCGACGUAUGCAGGCUGCGAAGACUGACUUGUUUAUUAACAACCUAACAAAGAAUUAAAUUUGUAGUCCAUUCACACCAUUCAA